ACUGUGUGACCAUUUUAGUUGCAGUGAAAGAGAAAACUGAUCAGUAUCAUUACAAAGCCUUUUUUUCUUGAAUUUUCUCUCGUUGUCGAUUUCAGACGUACUUUCUUUCUUUCUUUCUUAUCAAGUAAGCUCUCAUCUGUUUUCAUCAGAUAUUAUUAUUAUUUAUUAGUUUAAUCCGUCGAUUUUGUGUUUGAUUGUGUAUAACUCUUUUUUUUUUUUCAAGAUUGAAAGGUUUAGAUGGGUUUAAGGUAUAGAAUAUUGGGUUGAAAUUUAGAGAUAGAAUUAAGGAGGAUUUUUUACAAUGGAAGGAGGACAGCUCGUGGAUUCGAACAUUCAUGGAUUCCACACUUUGCAAGAUUUGGAUGUUCCAACCAUCAUGGCUGAGGCCCCAUCAAGAUGGCUUCGCCCAAAUGAAAUUUAUGCAAUGUUGUCCAAUUACAAAUAUUUUACCAUCCAUGUCAAGCCAAUGAACUUACCCAAAGGUGGCACUAUUGUACUAUUUGACCGUAAGAUGCUUCGGAACUUUAGGAAAGAUGGUCAUAACUGGAAGAAGAAAAAGGAUGGGAAGACUGUUAAGGAAGCUCAUGAACACUUAAAAGUUGGUAAUGAAGAAAAGAUACAUGUGUACUAUGCACAUGGCCAGGAUUGCCCCACCUUUGUUCGGAGGUGUUACUGGCUACUUGACAAGAGUCUAGAGCACAUUGUCCUUGUUCAUUAUCGAGAAACACAAGAGUUGCAGGGAUCUCCAAUCACACUGGUGCAUACACCUGUACAUUCACAUUCUAGUUCUUCGUCUGAUCCACAUGCUCGGGUUUUAUCAGAAGAACUUGAUUCUGGUACUAAAAAUGCACAUUCUGAUGGUGGAAAAGAACAUUUAGGGUCUGGGAAUAGUUUAACUGUCAAAAAUUAUGAGCAGAGCCUUCAUGAUAUUAAUACACUUGAAUGGGAUGAGCUUCUUGAUCCAAAUGAUCCCAUUAACUCAGCAUUGGGAGCAGAUACAGUUUCAUGCUUCAACCAGCAAAAUCAAGGUGUUGGAAAGGGAUCUUCAAGUGGUGUAAGUAUUAUCCUUCAGGGAGCUAGUGAUAUGGUACCUAUGCAUUCUUCUUUUGAUCAUUUGACCAAUCCAAUUGCUACGGGUGGCAACACGCCUGGUGAUCACCGAAACAAUGUUUAUGUUCAGACCAUGGGAGCUCAAAUGAAUUCAGAUUUCCAGAGAAGGGAUUCUGUUGGAGUGGUUACUGGUGACUCAGACAUUUUGGUUAACAAUGGAUUGCAUAGCCAGGACAGUUUUGGGAGGUGGAUAGAUGGCAUUUUGAUUGAUUCUCCAGGCUCUGUAAUCGAUCCAUUACUUGAAACUUCAAUUUCGUCAGCUCAAGAUUCAUUUGUUUCUCCAGCAACGGGUCAUAUCCAAUCUCCUGUUCUAGAACACAUGUUUAAUAUAACCGAUGUGUCACCUGAAUGGGCUUAUUCAAAUGAAAAAACAAAGAUUCUAGUCACUGGCUUCUUUCAUGAACAGUAUCAACAGUUUGCAAAGUGCAACCUACUUUGUGUCUGUGAUGAUGUAUGUGUUUCUGCCGAAUGUAUUCAGGUUGGGGUGUAUCGCUGUUUGGUUCCACCUCAUUCCCCUGGAUUCAUAAACCUUUUUUUGAGUGUAGAUGGCCGCAAACCCAUCAGCCAAAUUGUAAAUUUGGAAUAUCGCCCCCCUGUUACUUCUUUGGAUAUGAAGAACAACUGGGAUAAAUUCCAACUGCAAAUGCGACUUGCACAGUUACUCUUCUCUUCAUCCAAGUGCCUCAACAUUCUAUCUAGUAAAGUAUCACCUAAUACACUGAAGGAGGCAAAGAAGUUCGCAGAAAAAGUCCCCAACUUUUCUAAAGCCUGGGAUAACUUCAUCAAUUCAACUGAAAAUGGGAAAACUCUAUUUCCGCAAGCACAGGAUAAACUAUUUAAUCUCAUUUUAAGGGACAGGCUGAAAGAUUGGCUUAUAGAAAAAGUUAUUGAGGGGUCUAAACCCACUGAAUUUGAUGAUCAUGGUCAAGGCAUAAUCCAUUUAUGUGCUAUUCUUGGAUAUUCAUGGGCCAUCCAUUUGUUUUCAAUGUCAGGUCUGUCACUGGAUUUUCGCGAUAAACAUGGAUGGACAGCUCUACAUUGGGCAGCUUUUUAUGGAAAUGCCAAAAUGGUGGCUGUUCUGCUAACCUUGGGAGCAAAGCCAAACCUGGUAACAGAUCCCACUUCAGCAAACCCUGCUGGAUGUACAGCCGGUGAUCUUGCAUUGAUUAGGGGUUAUGAAGGCUUAGCUGGUUUUCUUUCGGAAAAGGCCUUGGUAGAACAAUUCAAUGAUAUGAGCAUAGCUGGAAAUGCCAGUGGCACCCUUGAUACUUCUGCAAAUGACACCGUAUACCCUGAGACUCUCAGUGAAGAGCAGCUGUUUUUGAAGGAUACUUUGGCUGCUUAUCGCACAGCUGCUGAUGCAGCAGCACGUAUACAGGUUGCAUUUAGGGAGCAUUCACUGAAAGUUCGGACUAAAGAAGUUGAGGGUUCCUCUCCAGAGGAAGAAGCACGCAACAUAGUUGCAGCAAUGAAGAUUCAGCAUGCCUUUCGCAAUUUUGAAACCCGGAAAAAGAUAAAAGCUGCUGCUCGCAUACAAGAUAGAUUUCGUUCAUGGAAAAUUCGUAGACAUUUUCUUAAUUUGCGCCAACAAACUAUAAAAAUCCAGGCUGCUUUUCGGGGAUUCCAAGUACGAAGGCAAUACAGAAAAAUUCUCUGGUCUGUUGGAGUCCUUGAAAAGCUUGUUCUGAGGUGGCGUUUGAAGAGAAAGGGCUUUCGAGGACUCCAGGUUACACCAGUCGAAGUUGACCGGGGUAGGGAAAGUGACACUGAAGAAGAUUUCUAUAAAGCUAGCCAGAAACAAGCUGGCGAACGUGUCGGGAGGUCUAUGGGGCAGGUCAAGAAUAUGUUUGCAUCAGCCAAAGCACAAGAAGAAUAUCAUAGGGUGAAGGUUGCACAUAAUCAAGUCAAGCUGGAAUAUGAAGACCUUUUUGAUACUGAUCCUGAUUCCGACAUUACUAGUUGAAGACACAGGUUCACUUAGCUUCAGACAAAUGUGAAUGAAUUUAGCCAUGUUUCAAGGUUGACGUCUGCGGUUGUGUAGCCUGUACAUAUUGUAAAUGCGUUGAAUUAUAAAUAUCAGAUCUGCCCUUUUGUCCCCUUCCAACUAUUUUAACCUUUCCGUGUCCAACUUCUUUCGGUCCAUUCGAGUCUUUUAAUGUCUUUCUGGUUUUUGAUUUUGUUGUUAAUGGUUUGAACGUAGUGAUUGACCGACUUUAGGCUAAUAUUUUGCACAAUACAGCAUACAAGCUUGUUUUAGCUCC